GUAGAUAUGUUUUUUUUUGUGCGACUUUAGGAGGUUUGGUAAAGACUUAUCUUGUAAUUAUUUGAAGGGUGAUAAUGAAAAAGAUAUCAUUAAACCUUAAAGCCCUGAGAGAAGCUCGGUCGUCACUUGAUAGUGUGGAAAACUUUUAGUUUAAUUGCAUUUCCAUGGCGUCGUCUUCCUCGUCUUGGUCAUUAAAAUUUAUACUACUACUACUACGACCUUCCUUUGUUGGAGAAUAAGCAAAAAACGAAAGUCGUCGGCUACUAUUUGGUUUCUCUCCUCUGUAUUCAGAGAUUCACAAUUGAACAAGUCAGAAGAAAAAGAAGAUGGUAAUAAUGACGAGGGGUAUUUGUCGCAAGUUCCGCAGCUUCUAUGUCUGCUCUCGAUCUCUUGUUGUCGCCUCCUCUAACCGCUUCGCGAUCAUCCCUGAUCAGGGUCACUCUUCCUGUUCCGACCUUACAUUCAAGGGUUACGUUUGCAGAGGUACUACUAAUAGUACUAAUUAUUCAUUGAAGAAGAAUUCUCCGGUUUGGGGACAUCACCUCUAUCACCACACCACACCACCUCUGUUGUUGAGGUUCCGAAACUUGCCUCUGCUGCUGAAUACUUCUUCAAAAAGGGUGUGGAAGGCAAACAGUUUCGUCCAACCAUACUGCUGUUGAUGGCGACAGCUCUGAAUGUACGCGUACCAGAAGAAGCAUUGACUGCUGCUGAAUCAGUAGCAGAUAUUGUUCCAUCAUCAGAAUUACGUGUAAGGCAACGGGGUAUUGCUGAAAUCACCGAAAUGAUACAUGUUGCAGGCCUCCUGCACGAUGAUGUCUUGGAUGAUGCGAAUACAAGGCGUGGUGUUGGUUCCUUAAACUUUGUUAUGGGUAACAAGAUAUCAGUAUUAGCAGGAGACUUCUUGCUCUCUCGGGCUUGUGUGGCUCUUGCUGCUAAAAACACAGAGGUUGUAUCGUUACUUGCAACUGUGGUAGAGCAUCUUGUUACUGGUGAAACCAUGCUAAUGACUAGCACAACCGAUCAGCGUCAUAGCAUGGACUACUACAUGCAGAAGACAUUUUAUAAGUCGGCCUCACUAAUCUCAAAUAGCUGCAAAGCAAUUGCGUUACUAGCUGGACAAUCAGCACAAGUCGCCAUGUUAGCUUCUGAAUACGGGAGGAAUCUGGGAUUGGCAUACCAAUUGAUAGACGACGUUCUUGACUUCACGGGCACAUCUGCUUCUCUCGGAAAGGGAUCGUUAUCUGAUAUACGCCAGGGGAUCAUCACAGCUCCAAUACUCUUUGCCAUGGAGGAGUUUCCUCAACUACGCACAGUUGUUGAUCAGCUUGAAAAAGAUCCAACAAGCGUUGACAUUGCGUUAAGAGUAUCUUGGGAAGAGCAAUGGAAUACAAAGGACAAGAGAAUUGGCUGUAGAGCAUGCGAAUGUGGCAGCAGCAGCAAUAGGGUCUCUACCUGAAACAGAAGAUGAAGAUGUCAAAAGAUCAAGGCGGGCACUUAUUGAACUGACCCAUAGAGCCAUCUCCAGAAACAAGUGAAGAUAAAACAAAACAAGUCUCUACAUACAACACCAAACAUCUGUCAUCACUUCAGUUUCAUUUCACGAAACGAUUUGUUGGACAAGAAGUGGUUUUCAUUUUAAACAGCAUACGUUACUUGUGAGAUCAUU